AUGGACAGUGACAGUGCCAAUGGUAAGUGACUUUAAUCUCACAUUUCUAUCCCCCUUUCUCAAAAUUAUGGUAAAAAACCCAUAGAGAAACAGACAGAGCUGAGCUUGGAUCUCAUCAUCCAAGGUAUUGGAUAUGCUAUUGUUUUUGCGAACUGAGCUGAGCAGGUGAGUCCAGAGGGACAGGUGCUACUCUAUCCUCCCCCAGGGGGUAUAAUGGUGACUGUGAGAGAGACUGAUGUGUGUCUGACAUCAUUAGUGCCCUACCUGUGAAACACAGGUCGUUAGUGACUUGGUGGUGUCAGACCUGAAAGUCUCCUCGUAUAGGAUCACAUGGGAUUGGUCCCAGAGGAAAGCUAACCAGGGCAGAUUGUGCCAAACUUUGAAAUUAAUAUAAUAAUAAUUGAUAUUAGGCCCUGGCCAACAUAUUUACAGUGUUUAUCUACAAGGAUUUAGCACAGCAUUUAAAAGAGAAGUGAGCUUGCUGUUUUCCAUUUCUGAUUCAUGGUACCACUCUUGUCUUUGUGCAUGUGUGUUCAAUUCAUAUUCUAUAUUAUUUCUAUGUAGGGCCUAGAUACCGUAGAGAACUUUGACUGCAGUGAAUGGAAAAAGUAAUUAAAAGAUAAAAUGGUGAUUAGCCUAUUGUUCUCCUCCCUACCAGAGGGGCAUGUGUGUUACAUGAAUGCUCAAUCGUAAGUAGUAGAUACCAUAGAGCACAUUGACUACGGCAUAUAAAAAAACCUUUGUUAAAUAAUUAUGGUUUAAUUUUUUGUUCUCCUCCCCCAGACGUGCAGGCAGAGCUGGACUCAGUGGAGGCAGAGCUGGAGGUGGUGGAGCUGCAGAUAGCUGAGCUGCUGGAGAAGCAGGCUAGCCUGACCUCCAGGAAGAAACGGCUGCUCUGCAAGCUGGAGGAGGCAUGUGACUCCGCCCAGCCCUCUGGAUCCUCCUCAGGCUCUGGAUCUGGACCUGCAAUGACCAAGCAGGAGCUGUUGCGCUAUGAGAAUGAUGGUACAGUGGCACAUACAUACAAUAUACACUGAGUGUACAAAACAUUAAGAACACCUUCCUAAUAUUGAGUUCAACAGGGAUGCUGGCGAAUGUAGACUCCAAUGUUUUCCACAGUUGUCAAGUUUUCUGGAUGUCCUUUGGGUGGUGGACCAUUCUUGAUACACACGGGAAAAUGUUGAGUGUGAAAAACCCAGCAGCAUUGCAGUUCUUGACACACUCAAACCGGUGCGCCUGGCACCUACUAACAUACUCCGUUCAAAGGCACUUAAAUCGUUUGUCUUGCCCAUUCACCCUCUUAAUGGCACAGAUACACAAUCCAUGUCUCAAUUGUCUCAAGGCUUAAAAAUCCUUCUUUAACCUGUCUCCUCCCCUUCAUCUACACUGAUUUGAAGUGGAUUUAACAAGUGACAUCAAUAAGGGAUGAUAGCAUUCACCUGGUCAGUCUAUGUUAGGGAUGCAAAUUUAGGUCAAUUUUGUUGGCGACUAACUGACCCUCAUUAACUGGUCAACAAAAGGUUUUUAAAAAAUCCAAACAAAAAUCCAAACAGUCAAAUAACAUGACCAAAAGAAAAUACAAUCAGAGAUCUGUAUACAGUGGGGAAAAAAGUAUUUAGUCAGCCACCAAUUGUGCAAGUUCUCCCACUUAAAAAGAUGAGAGAGGCCUGUAAUUUUCAUCAUAGGUACACGUCAACUAUGACAGACAAAAUGAGAAUUUUUACUCGCCAGAAAAUCACAUUGUAAGAUUUUUAAUGAAUUUAUUUGCAAAUUAUGGUGGAAAAUAAGUAUUUGGUCAAUAACAAAAGUUUCUCAAUACUUUGUUAUAUAUCCUUUGUUGGCAAUGACACAGGUCAAACGUUUUCUGUAAGUCUUCACAAGGUUUUCACACACUGUUGCUGGUAUUUUGGCCCAUUCCUCCAUGCAGAUCUCCUCUAGAGCAGUGAUGUUUUGGGGCUGUCGCUGGGCAACACGGACUUUCAACUCCCUCCAAAGAUUUUCUAUGGGGUUGAGAUCUGGAGACUGGCUAGGCCACUCCAGGACCUUGAAAUGCUUCUUACGAAGCCACUCCUUCGUUGCCCGGGCGGUGUGUUUGGGAUCAUUGUCAUGCUGAAAGACCCAGCCACGUUUCAUCUUCAAUGCCCUUGCUGAUGGAAGGAGGUUUUCACUCAAAAUCUCACGAUACAUGGCCCCAUUCAUUCUUUCCUUUACACGGAUCAGUCGUCCUGGUCCCUUUGCAGAAAAACAGCCCCAAAGCAUGAUGUUUCCACCCCCAUGCUUCACAGUAGGUAUGGUGUUCUUUGGAUGCAACUCAGCAUUCUUUGUCCUCCAAACACAACGAGUUGAGUUUUUAACCAAAAAGUUAUAUUUUGGUUUCAUCUGACCAUAUGACAUUCUCCCAAUCCUCUUCUGGAUCAUCCAAAUGCACUCUAGCAAACUUCAGACGGGCCUGGACAUGUACUGGCUUAAGCAGGGGGACACGUCUGGCACUGCAGGAUUUGAGUCCCUGGCGGCGUAGUGUGUUACUGAUGGUAGGCUUUGUUACUUUGGUCCCAGCUCUCUGCAGGUCAUUCACUAGGUCCCCCCGUGUGGUUCUGGGAUUUUUGCUCACCGUUCUUGUGAUAAUUUUGACCCCACGGGGUGAGAUCUUGCGUGGAGCCCCAGAUCGAGGGAGAUUAUCAGUGGUCUUGUAUGUCUUCCAUUUCUUAAUAAUUGCUCCCACAGUUGAUUUCUUCAAACCAAGCUGCUUACCUAUUGCAGAUUCAGUCUUCCCAGCCUGGUGCAGGUCUACAAUUUUGUUUCUGGUGUCCUUUGACAGCUCUUUGGUCUUGGCCAUAGUGGAGUUUGGAGUGUGACUGUUUGAGGUUGUGGACAGGUGUCUUUUUUACUGAUAACAAGUUCAAACAGGUGCCAUUAAUACAGGUAACGAGUGGAGGACAGAGGAGCCUCUUAAAGAAGAAAUUACAGGUCUGUGAGAGCCAGAAAUCUUGCUUGUUUGUAGGUGACCAAAUACUUAUUUUCCACCAUAAUUUGCAAAUAAAUUCAUUAAAAAUCCUACAAUGUGAUUUUCUGGAAUUUUUUUUCCUCAAUUUGUCUGUCAUAGUUGACGUGUACCUAUGAUGAAAAUUACAGGCCUCUCUCAUCUUUUUAAGUGGGAGAACUUGCACAAUUGGUGGCUGACUAAAUACUUUUUUCCCCCACUGUAUAAUGACGAGAUGCUUAUGUUUCCGCUCUAACAAUGGGAGUCGUCCCAAGGCGGGAAGGCAGGCGACAAGUUUAGGCCCAAAAUAAGCCCAUAGAAACGCGUUGGACAGAUUUUGGCGAGAGUGAAACAUCUCGCUUCGUCGCCUCUUCCUCUCUGAUACUAUGCAUGCAUACAAGGACCGGACAUUUUUCAUUAUGAGGUUAAUGGAAACAUGCAACAAUAGCAAGCCUAUCGUCUUACUGUCAAAAGUCGAUAACCUAUUAUUUAACAUGCAACUCCUUUAAUGAAGCGGCUAAUAAAACCUCAUUUUCAAAACAUUUGCCCAAAUGCAAUUCGCGGAAAAAAACACAGUUCUAAAGUGCGCACCUAAUGCGAGCAGUUCCAUAUGUGACAGAGAUGAAAAUCUCAGUUAGAAACGUAGAAAGAGUGGGAAUCUAAUAGCAACUAUUAUGAUGGGUUGCUAAUAUGACUAGGAUUGUGCCUUUGGCUUCUGGACAACGAAAUAAAGUUUAUGUGAAAACCAAUAGAACAGGAGAGAAAUCUUGGUUAAUGGCAUGAGGAAGUCUUUAUAAAAUAAUUGCCUCCACGUUUCUAUGGAUGGAUUUUUGCAAGGCUACUUUGAAGUAAGGUAAGACAUGCCUCGUUAUUGAAGUAAAGUAAAAUGUUCAGAUUUCAAAACAAUUAUCUGCCUCAAGCUCACAUUGCAAAGUGGUGGGUGACGCACUGAUAGUCAACGGUUAGCAGGCUACAGCCUAUGCAUCCGAAUGGCGAACGAGUUGAGAUUGAGAAAUAAAAAUAGUUCAUUUUUAAUCGUGGCCACCAAAAUUAACACGAGAUUGCAUUUAGAAUUGUUAUUUGUUGCGCAAUGACUGGGUUUAAAAAAGCAGGUUUCACUCCAGUAGCCUACAGGCUUUUUGAGGAGCAACUCUGUCUGACAGGUGGUAGGCUAUUCCGCUCCUUAAACUAGGCUCUGUAUGCUGUGCACGUGUGAUAAAUUAAAUGCAUGACGACUAACGAAAAUACACAUGCACCAAUUUAAUUCCACAAAAUUAUGCUAGUUAACCUAUAGAGCGAGAAGCAUGAUCUCUCAAAUGUAUUUUCGGCUAACCGAUUAACACUUAACCUUAACAUCCCUAGUCUAUGUCAUAGAAAAAGCAGGUGUUCAGUGUGUGUGUGUGUGUAUGUAUGUAUGUAUGUAUGUAUGUAUGUGUUUGCAUAUAUAUAUACAGUACCAGUCAAAAGUUUGGACACACCUACUCUUUCAAAGGUUUUUCUUUAUUUGUACUAUUUCUAUGUUGUAGAAUAAUAGUGAAGACAUCAAAACGAUGAAAUAACACAUGGAAUCAUGUAGUAACCAUGUAGUAGCUAUUUUACCAAGAAGGAGAGUGAUUGAGUGCUGCAUCAAUGACCUGGCCUCCACAAUCCCCCGACCCUCAACCCAAUUGAGAUGGUUUGGGAUGAGUCGGACAGCAGAGUGAAGGAAAAGCAGCUAACAAGUGCUAAGCGUAUGUGGGAACUCCUUCAAGACUGUUGGAAAAGCAUUCCAGGUGAAGCUGAUUGAGAGAAUGCCAAGAUGUGCAAAGCUGUUCAUGAAGGCAAAGGGUGGCUAUUUGAAGAAUCUCAAAUAGAAAAUAUAUUUUGAUUUGUUUAACACUUUUUUUGGUUGCUACAUGAUUCCAUAUGUGUUAUUUCAUAGUUUUUAUGUCUUUUUAUUAUUCUACAAUGUAAAAAAAAUAGUAAAAAAUAAAGAGAAACCCUUGAAUGAGUAGGUGUGUCCAAACUUUUGAUUGGUAGUGUAUAUAUAUAUAUAUUUAUUUGUUUCUUAAAUGAUUCCACUAUUUGAAGGGGUGUCCACAUACUUUUAUGUACACAACCGUUCAAAAGUUUGCGGUCACUUAGAAAUGUCCUUGUUUUCGAAAGAAAAGCAAUUUUUUUUGUACAUUUAAAAUAACAUCAAAUUGAUCAGAAAUACAGUAUAGACAUUGUUAAUGUUGUAAAUGGCUAUUGUAGCUGGAAACGGCUGAUUUUUAAUAGAAUAUCUACAUAGAUGUACAGAGGCCCAUUAUCAGCAACCAUCAGUCCUGUGUUCCAAUGGCACGUUGUGUUUGCUAAUCCAAGUUUAUCUUUUUAAAAAGGCUAAUUGAUCAUUAGAAAACCCUUUUGCAAUUAUGUUAGCACAGCUGAAAAACUGUUGUGCUGAUUAAAGAAGCAAUACAACUGGCUUUUUUAUUUAUUUAUUUUUAUUUAUUUUUAUUUAACCUUUAUUUACCAGGGAAACCAGUUUAGAAAAAGUUCUAUUUUCAAAGCGACCUGGCCAAGAAAAGCAAAGAGUGCGUUAAAACAACAACCAGGUUACAUCGGGGGGAAAAAAAAACAAGUCAAAAAUACCCCGAAAAUAUAUAACAGUGGGAAAUGUAGCAAAUUAGGGGUAGGAAUAAAAGGGCCCUGGCAAAAAAAUUCAAUUAGUAUUACACUGGAAUAAGUUCAGAGAGGCAAAUAGAGAUACGGGGGGGCAAAUUACAAAAUAAAAACAAUUGGGAUAGGGAGUUUGGGGGGGCUAAUUUCAGAUGGCUGUGUACUAGGGGCGGUAAAAGGUGCUCUGAAAUGAAAAAGCUUAAAAUUAGUGGGGGGGAUAAAUCCCAGCUCAGAGAUUUUUGCAAUUCGUUCCGUCCUUGGCACGAGAACUGGGAAGGGUGGCGGCCGGGGUGUUGGCUUUUGGGGGUGACCAUGAAUAUACCUGCUGACGCAUCUACGGGUGGGUGUUGCUAUGGUGACCAAUGAGCUAAGUAAGCAGAGUUUGCCUGCAGUAUUUAUAGAGGGCCCGGACCCGUGGGUUGGCGACAAUUGUUGGGGAAAAAAAGAGGUAAGGUAAGUGGUGGGUAGUAAUGGGGGGGAAAAAGGGGUGGAGAAAAAUAAACCCUUUGGGAGAGGUUUUGGGAGAAAAAAAAUGUCCAAGAAGGAUGGGGGGUGAGUUUUUAGGCAGGGCGAGAGGAGAGGUUUGUUUGGUGGUGACAGAAGGGGAGACUUAAAGGGGGCGGGAAGGGGUUUGUUAGUAUUGGUUUGUCCCCAAACUUCCUUUCUACCCUCAAUGUGCAUUGGGGGGGGCGGGUGCCCGCCAAACAUUCGAGAAGCCCGAUUUUAGUUUUACUAGUGAAGAGCGUUGGAAGAAGGAGUUUUUUUUUUUAUGUAAUUUAAACUGGGGUUUUAACACAGUUUUGAAGGGGCCAGUAUAACAAUGGGUGUCUGCGGGUGGCGGGUCCCCCGAGCAAAGGGCAUCAUUUUUUUUACAAAGAAAGAGUGGCCCAAGAAUUGAACCCUUUGGAUGAACCUGCCAUAGGGGCCAUAAACAGGGCCUCCGAUUUUGACACAAACUCUAUCUGAAGGUUUGGGUGAACCGGGGCACCCCUUUUUGAAACCAAGGCAUUUAGCCCGCCAAAAAAUCUUUUGAAAGGGGAAAGCCCGGCCCGGGCAUGAAACGGCUGAAAAUUUCUGUCUUUAUCGUUGCGGGGUUAUAAAAUAUCGUUUAGGACCUUGAGCGUGGGUGAGGGGGCACCCAUACCAGCUCGGAAAAUGGUGCUAGCGGAAGGGACGGUGGGAUUUGAAAUGGGCGGUGAUCUUUUUUUUUAAAUUGGCUUUCAAAACUUUCAAAUGGCGGGCAAAAGGAUUAGGUCUGUAAAAAUUUUUUGGUCUAAUUUUCACCCCCUUGAAGAGGGGAAAACCCACGGCAGCUUUCCAACCUGGGGGAUCUGACUUUUCAAAACGAGGGUUGGGACGCUGUAAUAGGGGGUUCGCAAUUUCGGGGCUAGUUUUUUGAAGAAAGGGUCCAGAUUGUUAGCCCGAUGAUUUUUAGGGUUUCCCAAAUUUGCAGCCUUUCAGAAAACCCUGUCUGAAAUUUUUGUGAAGGAAAUCUCAACGUCAAAAAUGAAAGGGGGACUCCGGGGUUCUGACCUUUUGGGCAAGUUUUCAAAAAAACCAUAUCCAGACUGGCCAAAAAAAAAAAAGAUUUUUUUUUAUUUUUACCUUUAUUUAACCAGGGAAGCCAGUUGAGAACAAUUCUCAUUUCAACUGGCCGCCCAAAAUAAAGCAAACGUGCGAUAAAAACAACAACCGAGUUACAUAUGGGGGAAAAAAAAACAUAAGGUCAUAAAAUACAACGAAAAAAUUUACAUGUGUCAAAAGUAGCAAAUUUUUGGAGGUAAGGGAAAAAUAGGCUUUGUGCCCAAAAAAAUUUCAAAUUUGUAUUAAAACUUAAUCUAAUUGCAAGAGAUUAUUUCAAAAGAAUACUGGGGGCAAAAAAAGGGAAAAAAAAUAACAAUUAGGGGUGGGUUUGGUGGGCUAAAUUUCAAGUGCUGUGUACAGGGGCAGUGCGUAAGGGUUUUCCCGAAACUGAUGCUUAAAAUUAUGGGGAGUAAUUUGGGUCUGAGAUAGGUUUUUCUUUCACUCUGCAUUUGUGCAUAAAAUGUUCCAAAACCCGGGUUUUAAAUCUAUUUCAAAAAUCUCAAAUUUCUUUUUACAUACUUUUUAGUAAGAUUUAAUAAUUUUAUUUGAAAAGACAAAUGUUGAAUAUUUUUAUGUAUUUCACAAUACCCACUACUCAAAUACACUCCCAUGCAUUUAACCCCGUAUUUUUUUUUUUUAAAAAAAAAAAAAAAAAAUUUGGAAAAAAAAUUUACUUCAAAUACAAAAAAGGCCCCUUUUUUAAAUGGGAAAAAAUACAUUUAAGGGUUACAAAAUUAAAAAAACAAAAAAAAUUUAACAAAUUUGAAAGAAAAAUAUUCAUUUUUAAACCCAAGUUUUUUUUUAUGUAACAAGUUCAAACAGGUGCCAUUAAUACAGGUAACGAGUGGAGGACAGAGGAGCCUCUUAAAGAAGAAAUUACAGGUCUGUGAGAGCCAGAAAUCUUGCUUGUUUGUAGGUGACCAAAUACUUAUUUUCCACCAUAAUUUGCAAAUAAAUUCAUUAAAAAUCCUACAAUGUGAUUUUCUGGAAAUUUUUUUUCCUCAAUUUGUCUGUCAUAGUUGACGUGUACCUAUGAUGAAAAUUACAGGCCUCUCUCAUCUUUUUAAGUGGGAGAACUUGCACAAUUGGUGGCUGACUAAAUACUUUUUUCCCCCACUGUAUAAUGACGAGAUGCUUAUGUUUCCGCUCUAACAAUGGGAGUCGUCCCAAGGCGGGAAGGCAGGCGACAAGUUUAGGCCCAAAAUAAGCCCAUAGAAACGCGUUGGACAGAUUUUGGCGAGAGUGAAACAUCUCGCUUCGUCGCCUCUUCCUCUCUGAUACUAUGCAUGCAUACAAGGACCGGACAUUUUUCAUUAUGAGGUUAAUGGAAACAUGCAACAAUAGCAAGCCUAUCGUCUUACUGUCAAAAGUCGAUAACCUAUUAUUUAACAUGCAACUCCUUUAAUGAAGCGGCUAAUAAAACCUCAUUUUCAAACAUUUGCCCAAAUGCAAUUCGCGGAAAAAACACAGUUCUAAAGUGCGCACCUAAUGCGAGCAGUUCCAUAUGUGACAGAGAUGAAAAUCUCAGUUAGAAACGUAGAAAGAGUGGGAAUCUAAUAGCAACUAUUAUGAUGGGUUGCUAAUAUGACUAGGAUUGUGCCUUUGGCUUCUGGACAACGAAAUAAAGUUUAUGUGAAAACCAAUAGAACAGGAGAGAAAUCUUGGUUAAUGGCAUGAGGAAGUCUUUAUAAAAUAAUUGCCUCCACGUUUCUAUGGAUGGAUUUUUGCAAGGCUACUUUGAAGUAAGGUAAGACAUGCCUCGUUAUUUGAAGUAAAGUAAAAUGUUCAGAUUUCAAACAAUUAUCUGCCUCAAGCUCACAUUGCAAAGUGGUGGGUGACGCACUGAUAGUCAACGGUUAGCAGGCUACAGCCUAUGCAUCCGAAUGGCGAACGAGUUGAGAUUGAGAAAUAAAAAUAGUUCAUUUUUAAUCGUGGCCACCAAAAUUAACACGAGAUUGCAUUUAGAAUUGUUAUUUGUUGCGCAAUGACUGGGUUUAAAAAAGCAGGUUUCACUCCAGUAGCCUACAGGCUUUUUGAGGAGCAACUCUGUCUGACAGGUGGUAGGCUAUUCCGCUCCUUAAACUAGGCUCUGUAUGCUGUGCACGUGUGAUAAAUUAAAUGCAUGACGACUAACGAAAAUACACAUGCACCAAUUUAAUUCCACAAAAUUAUGCUAGUUAACCUAUAGAGCGAGAAGCAUGAUCUCUCAAAUGUAUUUUCGGCUAACCGAUUAACACUUAACCUUAACAUCCCUAGUCUAUGUCAUAGAAAAAGCAGGUGUUCAGUGUGUGUGUGUGUGUAUGUAUGUAUGUAUGUAUGUAUGUAUGUGUUUGCAUAUAUAUACAGUACCAGUCAAAAGUUUGGACACACCUACUCUUUCAAAGGUUUUUCUUUAUUUGUACUAUUUUCUAUGUUGUAGAAUAAUAGUGAAGACAUCAAAACGAUGAAAUAACACAUGGAAUCAUGUAGUAACCAUGUAGUAGCUAUUUUACCAAGAAGGAGAGUGAUUGAGUGCUGCAUCAAUGACCUGGCCUCCACAAUCCCCCGACCUCAACCCAAUUGAGAUGGUUUGGGAUGAGUCGGACAGCAGAGUGAAGGAAAAGCAGCUAACAAGUGCUAAGCGUAUGUGGGAACUCCUUCAAGACUGUUGGAAAAGCAUUCCAGGUGAAGCUGAUUGAGAGAAUGCCAAGAGUGUGCAAAGCUGUCAUGAAGGCAAAGGGUGGCUAUUUGAAGAAUCUCAAAUAGAAAAUAUAUUUUGAUUUGUUUAACACUUUUUUGGUUGCUACAUGAUUCCAUAUGUGUUAUUUCAUAGUUUUUAUGUCUUUUUAUUAUUCUACAAUGUAAAAAAAAUAGUAAAAAAUAAAGAGAAACCCUUGAAUGAGUAGGUGUGUCCAAACUUUUGAUUGGUAGUGUAUAUAUAUAUAUAUAUUUAUUUGUUUCUUAAAUGAUUCCACUAAUUUGAAGGGGUGUCCACAUACUUUUAUGUACACAACCGUUCAAAAGUUUGCGGUCACUUAGAAAUGUCCUUGUUUUCGAAAGAAAAGCAAUUUUUUUUGUACAUUUAAAAUAACAUCAAAUUGAUCAGAAAUACAGUAUAGACAUUGUUAAUGUUGUAAAUGGCUAUUGUAGCUGGAAACGGCUGAUUUUUAAUAGAAUAUCUACAUAGAUGUACAGAGGCCCAUUAUCAGCAACCAUCAGUCCUGUGUUCCAAUGGCACGUUGUGUUUGCUAAUCCAAGUUUAUCUUUUUAAAAGGCUAAUUGAUCAUUAGAAAACCCUUUUGCAAUUAUGUUAGCACAGCUGAAAACUGUUGUGCUGAUUAAAGAAGCAAUACAACUGGCUUUUUUAUUUAUUUAUUUUUAUUUAUUUUUAUUUAACCUUUAUUUAACCAGGUAAGCCAGUUGAGAACAAGUUCUCAUUUACAACUGCGACCUGGCCAAGAUAAAGCAAAGCAGUGCGAUUAAAAACAACAACACAGAGUUACAUACGGGGUAAAACAAAACAAAGUCAAAAAUACCACAGAAAAUAUAUAUACAGUGUGUGCAAAUGUAGCAAGUUAUGGAGGUAAGGCAAUAAAUAGGCCAUAGUGCAAAAUAAUUACAAUUAGUAUUAACACUGGAAUGAUAGAUGUGCAAGAGAUGUGCAAAUAGAGAUACUGGGGUGCAAAUUAGCAAAAUAAAUAACAAUAUGGGGAUGAGGUAGUUGGGUGGGCUAAUUUCAGAUGGACUGUGUACAGGUGCAGGGAUCGGUAAGGUGCUCUGACAACUGAUGCUUAAAGUUAGUGAGGGAGAUAAGUCUCCAGCUUCAGAGAUUUUUGCAAUUCGUUCCAGUCAUUGGCAGCAGAGAACUGGAAGGAAUGGCGGCCAAGGGAGGUGUUGGCUUUGGGGAUGACCAGUGAGAUAUACCUGCUGGAGCGCAUACUACGGGUGGGUGUUGCUAUGGUGACCAAUGAGCUAAGAUAAGGCAGAGAUUUGCCUAGCAGUGAUUUAUAGAUGGCCUGGAGCCAGUGGGUUUGGCGACGAAUAUGUAGUGAGGACCAGCCAACAAGAGCGUACAGGUCACAGUGGUGGGUAGUAUAUGGGGCUUUGGUGACAAAACGGAUGGCACUGUGAUAGACUACAUCCAAUUUGCUGAGUAGAGUGUUGGAGGCUAUUUUGUAAAUGACAUCGUCCAAGUCAAGGAUCGGUAGGAUAGUCAGUUUUACGAGGGCAUGUUUGGCAGCAUGAGUGAAGGAGGCUUUGUUGCGAAAUAGGAAGCUGAUUCUAGAUUUAAUUUUGGAUUGGAGAUGCUUAAUGUGAGUCUGGAAGGAGAGUUUACAGUCUACAGUAUUUGUAGUUGUCCACAUACUCUAGGUCAGACCCGUCGAGAGUAGUGAUUCUAGUCGGGUGGGCGGGUGCCAGCAGCAUUCGAUUGAAGACCAUGCAUUUAGUUUUACUAGUGUUUAAGAGCAGUUGGAGGCUACUGAAGGAGUGUUGUAUGUCAUUGAAGCUCGUUUGGAGGUUUGUUAACACAGUGUCCAAUGAAGGGCCAGAUGUAUACAAAAUGGUGUCGUCUGCGUAGAGGUGGAUCUGAGAGUCACCAGCAGCAAGAGCGACAUCAUUGAUAUACACAGAGAAAAGAGUCGGCCCAAGAAUUGAACCCUGUGGCACCCCCAUAGAGACUGCCAUAGGUCCAUACAACAGGCCCUCCGAUUUGACACAUUGAACUCUAUCUGAGAUGUAGUUGGUGAACCAGGCGAGGCAGUCAUUUGAGAAACCAAGGCUAUUUAGUCUGCCAAUAAGAAUGCGGUGUUUGACAGAGUCGAAAGCCUUGGCCAGGUCGAUGAAGACGGCUGCACAGUUCUGUCUAUUAUCGAUUGCGGUUAUAAUAUCGUUUAGGACCUUGAGCGUGGCUGAGGUGCACCCAUGACCAGCUCGGAAACUGGAUUGCAUAGCGGAGAAGGUACGGUGGGAUUCGAAAUGGUCGGUGAUCUGUUUGUUAACUUGGCUUUCAAAAACUUUCAAAUGGCAGGGCAGGAUGGAUAUAGGUCUGUAACAGUUUGGAUCUAGAGUGUCACCCCCUUUGAAGAGGGGGAUGACCACGGCAGCUUUCCAAUCUCUGGGGAUCUCAGACUUUACGAAAGCGAGGUUGGUACAGGCUAGUAAUAGGGGUUGCGACAAUUUCGGCGGCUAGUUUUAGAAAGAAAGGGUCCAGAUUGUCUAGCCCAGAUGAUUUGUAGGGGUCCAGACUUUGCAGCUCUUUCAGAACAUCAGCUGUCUGAAUUUGUGUGAAGGAGAAGUCUCAACGUCAACAGUGAAGAGGCGACUCCGGGAUGCUGACCUUCGAGGCAGAGUUGCAAAGAAAAAGCCAUAUCUCAGACUGGCCAAUAAAAAUAAAAGAUUUUAUUUAUUUCACCUUUAUUUAACCAGGUAAGCCAGUUGAGAACAAGUUCUCAUUUACAACUGCGACCUGGCCAAGAUAAAGCAAAGCAGUGCGAUAAAAACAACAACACAGAGUUACAUAUGGGGUAAAAAAAACAUAAGGUCAUAAAAUACAACAGAAAAUAUAUAUACAGUGUGUGCAAAUGUAGCAAGUUAUGGAGGUAAGGCAAUAAAUAGGCUAUAGUGCAAAAUAAUUACAAUUAGUAUUAACACUGUAAUGCUAGAUGUGCAAGAGAUUAUGUGCAAAUAGAGAUACUGGGGUGCAAAAGAGCAAAAUAAAUAACAAUAUAGGGAUGAGGUAGUUGGGUGGGCUAAUUUCAGAUGUGCUGUGUACAUGUGCAGUGAUCGGUAAGGUUCUCUGACAACUGAUGCUUAAAGUUAGUGAGGGAGAUAAGUUGGGCAGUCUGAGAUAUGGCUUUUUCUUUGCAACUCUGCAUCUGUGUGCAUAAUAUGUUCCAGACCUGGGUUCAAAUACUAUUUCAAAUAUCUCAAUUACUUUCACAUACAUUUCUAAGUAAGUAUUCAGAUAAUUUUUAUUUGAAAAGACAAGUAGUUGAAUAUUGUUAUGUAUUUCACAAUACUCAUACACUGACUCAAAUACACUCCCAUGCAUUUAACCCAGGUAUUUUGAAAAAAGUAUUUGAAAAUACUUUCAAAUACAAGGCUAUUUAUAGGAAAUUAACAUAUUAUUUGAAAAUACUCAAAUACAUAGAAAAGAAAUAUUUAAAUAACAAAUAAUCUAAUACACAUGUAUUUUAACUCAGGUCUGAUUUGUUCACAUCCAAGAAGAUAGGGCUAUCUUUCCAGGAGCUGAAUUGAGCAAACAGUUAAAUUAAAGCAAAAAGAAAUAUGUAGAUUGUGUCCAAAGUGCUAUUUUAUUAGGUCGGCUACAAUGUUGAAGGCUGAAUAUAUUGCUGUAUUGUAUUUUGACAAGCUUCAAUGUUUUCUUUCCAAACCUAGAUUUCCCGUGGUCUACAGAGCUGAAGCAGAAUCUGAAGGAUGCGUUCCAGCUCUCUAAGUUUCGUCCUCUCCAGCUGAAGGCCAUCAACCUUAGUAUGUCUAGUAAAGACCUCUUCAUAGUGAUGCCCACUGGACGAGGGAAAAGCCUCUGCUAUCAGCUACCUGCAGUCUGCUCUGAGGGUAAGGGGGGAACGCACAAACAUACACACGCACACAAAAUACAUGCAUACAUGCAUACAGACACAUACACACCAGGUGACGUGCAUAUACUGAAAACACUAAUGUUACAGUUCAUUAAUUGUUGUGUGCUGUGCAAACACGUACUGCAGACAGGGCUCUAAAUUAAAACAUUUCAUUGGUAGCACUGGUGCACCCAAAUUAAAAAAGUUAGGAGCACCACAUGAAAUUUAGGAGCACCAGAAAAUAAUAUUUGUUUAAUUGAUUGAGAUACAGCCUAUAUGAAUUUUACUUACUUUUGAAGCACAUGUUGUGCCCUAGAAACGAAUAUGUAACACUGUAAAGACAUUUGUUUAUUAAAAAAGCUAAAAUGUUGAAACAAAUACCUAUCAUUGAAAUUACAAAGUAAUUUGGAGAAUAUUAGGUUUCUACAUUGUGUAAAAGCACAAUUUUCCAAUUGAGAUGCAUUACAUUUAAAAUGAUACACUAUCUUUAAGAACGUCAGGUUUGUGUUGACAUGCAGCAGAUCUGUCAUUCAUUCAUUCAUUGCUCUCCUGAAAAAGCUAUCCCUUUUCCUUUGUUUCUGUGCCCCCAAAUGUUUGGAUAUACUGGUGAAGUUACCAGGGUAUUAGCUAGCUAGCCAAUGAGGUAACAAAUGGUUGACAAAUUCAAAUAGCUUUAGAACGGCCCAUGACAUGGUUUAUGAAUGCUAUAGGAAGAUGUUGCACUGGUAAUAUGGGUCAGCCAUUUUUGCUGUAGUAAUGGUGCAACUAUGAACGUAAUAAAUCUGCACUCACUUUUUCUCUAGGGCACUGGGAAACAACGGUACAGCGAAGCCUUAUCAUUACAACUAUUAUUAUCAGGGAGAUUCUUUCCCUAGGCGGUCUCUGCUCCCAAAAUAAAACUCCUGGUUGCACAGCAACAUUUUUGGUCGCAUAUGCAACUAAAUUGGUCGCAGUUUAGAGCCCUGACUGCAGAUUGUUACAGCCAUUACUCGCUGCAGUGUUCUUCUAACGUGUUUGUGUGCUGCCAGGUUUCACUCUGGUCGUAACUCCUCUAGUUUCUCUGAUGGAGGAUCAGCUCAUGUACUUAAAGUCCAUUGACGUUGAAGCCGUCUCUCUCAAUGCAUCCAGCAGUAAGGUAAUAACCAACACAAACACUUUCUACAUAUUAUUGAUACUUGGCUGGUAUUGCAGGGAUGUAGCUCAGUUGGUAGAGCAUGGCGUUUGCAACGCCAGGGUUGUGGGUUCGAUUCCCACGGGGGGUAUGAAAAAUAAUGUAUGCACUCACUAACUGUAAGUCGCUCUGGAUAAGAGCGUCUGCUAAAUGACUAAAAUGUAAAUGUAUUGAUUAUGAUUAUAGCUGUAGGAUUUGUGUUUGAUUAGACUUCUGAUAUGUACCUCAGGAACAUGCUAAAAUGGUCCUAGCUGGGAUGACCGACACCAAAGCGCCUUUCAAGCUGCUGUAUGUGACUCCAGAGAAGAUAGCGAAGAGCAAGCUGCUAAUGUCGAGGCUAGAGAAGGCCUACAAUGCAGGCAGGCUUAGCCGUAUUGCUGUGGACGAGGUGCACUGCUGCAGCCAGUGGGGACACGACUUCAGACCUGGUGAGAGACUGUACUGUAUAUGGGCUACUUACUUUUUAUUAGUCUCCUUACUUUGUUUUCGAAGGUAAAGGGCAACUCCAACAAAUCACUCAAAGUAGAAUUCUAAUAACGCUAUGUUUUACAUUACAAUACCCAAACAAGGAUAUCACCAUAUAAUUAAACAGAACACUUCAAUGUAUCUCUAUGCAUACCACUUGCAUGCCCAAUAGAUUGCUUCAUUCUAAGUAGUAUGCUGUGAGUUUUGUGUGGGGCUGAUAGCCAACUACCCACUCCUCUACCGCCAGACUACAAGCUCCUGGGGAUCCUGAAGAGGCAAUUCCCAAAGGUUCCGUUGCUAGGGCUGACGGCCACGGCAACCAGCAGUGUUCUAAAGGACUGUCAGAAAAUCCUGUGUGUCCCUGAGCCAAUCACACUCACCGCCUCCUUCAACCGCACCAACCUCUACUACGAGGUGGGCGUCAUGGCAACCAUACACACCUGGCCUCCACCUGCUUGGCAAACACCUGUUGAUGUUCUUUUGACCUUUAAAAAUACACACGCUUUUGUUUCUAAAGGGAAUGCUUGUUAGAUUCCCGCUGUAUCUCUGCACUGAAGUUUUGAGGAUCUGUACUGUUUUUGUGUUUCUCAGGUACGCUUUAAAGACUCGAACAGUGAUGAUUCAAUCAGUGACAUCUCAGCACUGAUCAAGGAGAGAUAUAAGGACCAGUCAGGUACUUUGAAAGGAAAAACAAGGAUAGGUCAAAAUUCAGUUUGUCCUAUUUUCGAAAUCAUCAGCAGCUUGUUAUCCAGACUAUUUCAAGAUGGUGUAGCAGUGCGGUCGUGUUCUUUGUUGUGUGUCCGUGUAAAUAGCCUGUUUUUUAUUUAUUUUUCGUACAUAUUUCCCUAUCACACUUUUCAUCCCACUACUAAAUAUACUUUCCUGCAACCUGCCUCACUCAAUGUGGAAUGGAUUAUAUUAUUUACUCACCUUUAUCUAGAAUCUCCAGUUGAAACUAGCUAGCCAGCUAACUAGCUACUUGCUAUUAGCCACCGUUAGCGGUUUUCACCCAGAUCAUCGGAUUUUCUGCCGGAAUAACUGAAUCACUGGACCCUAACACCGGAUCGCAACUAGCUAGCCGCAACCGAAUGGAUGUUGCUGUAGGCUAAUCACCACUGCCCCCGAAGCAAGCACCAGUUAGCCUUGAGCCAGGCCCAUAUCCCAGCUAUCUACCUCUUUGUCUACCGGAGGGGAGGAGCCAGCUAACUAGCUACUUGCUAUUAGCCACCGUUAGCAGUUUUUCACCAUUGUCCGUGGCCUGCACUACCUACCAGCCAGCUCUAGCCUGGACUAUUAUCGGCCAGUCUGCACUGUCUGCACAGCGCGUUAUCGACCCAGAACAUAUCGGAUUUUCUGCUGGAAUCACUUAAUCACUGGACCUUUAACACCUGACAACUAGCUAGCUGCAACCAAAUGGAUGUUGUUGUUGGCUAAUCAGCCUUUAGCUAGCCUCGAGUUAGGCACAUCUCCCGGCUAUCUACCUCUCUGUCAACCGGACGGGACCUCCUAGAGUCGACACGGAGCCCCGCCGAUCCAUCACGACUGGUCUGCCGACGUAAUCGUCUGUGGUUUCAACAGGCUUCCCGUUGCUACGACCACGAAGAUCCAUCUGCCAGCCCCGGCCCGCUAGCACACGCAAACAGCCGUGCUUCCUGCUCGCUGUGCUUUAGCACCAAUUUGAACUGCUCUCGGACUCACAUAUUGCUGUUAACUGAACCUUAUGAUCACUCAGCUGCACAGCUGAUGCCUGCUGGACUGUUAUUUUACACGGUACCCUGUCCUGUUUAUCUGUUUAGCCUCAGCCCAAACUUUCAUCGCCAUUACCAGUUGUUGUCUUAGCUCUCUCUAAUAACACCUGUGAUUGCUUUAUGCCUCUCUCCCAUGUCAAUAUGCCUUGCCUAUUGCUGUUCCAGUUAGUUCUUAUUAUACAAUUUCAAUAUAGAACCCCAAGUUAUUCUCAAACUGCCUCAAAUAGCUCCUUUGUUCCACCCCCCAUACACGCCGAGACCGGCUCAAUCGGUGCCUCCAGUGAUGCUAUCUCUUUCAUUGUUACCCAACGCUUAGGUUUACCUCCACUGUACUCAUAUCCUUCCAUAUCCUUGUCUGUACAUAAUGCCCUGAAUCUAUUCUACAACGUCCGGAAAUCUGCCCCCUUUAUUCUCUGUACACAACGCACUAGAAGACCAGUUCUUAAAGCCUUUAGCCGUAUCCUUAUUCUAGUCCUCCUUUGUUCCUCUGGUGAUGUAGAGGCUAACCCCUGCAGCCCCCAGUAUCACUCCUACUCCCCAGGAGUUACCAUUUGUUGACUUCUGUAACCGUAAAAGCCUUGGUUUUCUGCUCGUUAACAUCAGAAGCCUCCUUCCUAAGUUUGAGUUAUUCACUGCGUUAGCACACUCCGCAAACCCUGAUGUUCUAGCAGUGUCUGAAUCAUGGCUUAGGAAGGUCACCAGAAAUGUCCAUCCCCAACUACAACAUUUUCCGUCAUGAUAGAACUGCCAAAGGGGGUGGAGUUGCAAUCUACUGUAGAGAUAGCCUGCAGAGCUCUAUCAUACUAUCCAGGUCUGUGCCCAAACAGUUUGAGCUCCUACUUCUAAAAAUCCACCUUUCCAGAAAUAAGUCUCUCACUGUUGCCGCUUGCUACAGACCCCUCUCAGCCCCCAGCUGUGCCCUGGACACCAUAUGUGAAUUGAUUGCCCCCCAUCUAUCCUCAGAGUUCGUACUGCUUGGUGACCUAAACUGGGAUAUGCUUAACACCCCGGCCAUCCUACAAUCCAAACUAGAUGCCCUCAAUCUCACACAAAUUAUCAAGGAACCUACCAGGUACAACCCUAAAUCUGUAAACAUGGGCACCCUCAUAGAUAUCAUCCUGACUAACUUACCCUCUAAAUACACCUCCGCUGUCUUCAACCAGGAUCUCAGCGAUCACUGCCUUAUUGCCUGCGUCCGUAACGGGUCCGCGGUCAAAUGACCACCCCUCAUCACUGUCAAACGCUCCCUAAAACACUUUAGCAAGCAGGCCUUCCUAAUUGACCUGGCCCAGGUAUCCUGGAUGGAUAUCGAUCUCAUUCCGUCAAUAGAGGAUGCCUGGUUGUUCUUUUAAAAGUGCUUUCCUCUCAAUCUUAAAUAAGCAUGCCCCAUUCAAAAAAAUUCAGAACUAAGAACAGAUAUAGCCCCUGGUUCUCCUCAGACUUGACUGCCCUUGACCAGCACAAAAACAUCCUGUGGCGUACUGCAUUAGCAUCGAAUAGCCCCCGCGAUAUGCAACUUUUCAGGGAAGUUAGGAACCAAUAUACACAGUCAGUUAGGAAAGCAAAGGCUAGCUUUUUCAAACAGAAAUUUGCAUCCUGUAGCACUACCUCCAAAAAGUUUGGGGACACUGUAAAGUCCAUAGAGAAUAAGAGCACCUCCUCCCAGCUGCCUACUGCACUGAGGCUAGGAAACACUAUCACCACCGAUAAAUCUACAAUAAUCGAGAAUUUUAACAAGCAUUUUGCUACGGCUGGCCAUGCUUUCCACCUGGCUACCACUACCCCGGCCACCAGCUCUGCACCCUCCGCUGCAACUUGCCCGUGCCCCCCCCGCUUCUCCUUCACACAAAUUCAGACAGCUGAUGUUCUGAAAGAGCUGCAAAAUCUGGACCCCCUACAAAUCAUCUGGGCUAGACAAUCUGGACCCUUUCUUUCUAAAAAUAGCCUCAGAAAUUGUCGCAACCCCUAUUACUAGCCUGUUCAACCUCUCUUUCGUAACGUCUGAGAUCCCCAGAGAUUGAAAAGCUGCCGCGGUCAUCCCCCUCUUCAAAGGGGGUGACACUCUAGAUCCAAACUGUUACAGACCUAUAUCCAUCCUGCCCUGCCCUUCGAAAGUUUAUUUACUACCCACCACUGUGACCUGUACGCUCUUGUUGGCUGGUCCUCACUACAUAUUCGUCGCCAAACCCACUGGCUCCAGGCCAUCUAUAAAUCACUGCUAGGCAAAUCUCUUCCUUUAUUUUAGCUCAUUGGUCACCAUAGCAACACCCACCUGUAGUAUGCGCUCCAGCAGGUAUAUCUCACUGGUCAUCCCCAAAGCCAACACCUCCUUUGGCUGCCAUUCCUUCCAGUUCUCUGCUGCCAAUGACUGGAACGAACUGCAAAAAUCUCUGAAGCUGGAGACUCUUAUCUCCCUCACUAACUUUAAGCGUCAGUUGUCAGAGCACCUUACCGAUCACUGCACCUGUACACAGCCCUUCUGAAAUUAGCCCACCCAACUACCUCAUCCCCAUAUUGUUAUUUAUUUUGCUCAUUUGCACCCCAGUAUCUCUAUUUGCACAUCUCUUGCACAUCUAUCAUUCCAGUGUUAAUACUAAUUGUAAUUAUUUUGCACUAUGGCCUAUUUAUUGCCUUACCUCCAUAACUUGCUACAUUUGCACACACUGUAUAUAUAUUUUCUGUGGUAUUUUUGACUUUGUUUUGUUUUACCCCAUAUGUAACUCUGUGUUGUUGUUUUUAUCGCACUGCUUUGCUUUAUCUUGGCCAGGUCGCAGUUGUAAAUGAGAACUUGUUCUCAACUGGCUUACCUGGUUAAAUAAAGGUGAAAUAAAUACAAAUAAAAAAAUUUAUCCAAACUUGAGGUAUUAUGCUUCUGCUUUUGGCAGGGAUAGUGUACGUGUUUUCCCAGAAGGAUGCAGAGACAGUGUCAGCAGACCUACAGAAGAAAGGCAUCAAUGCAUAUCCAUACCACGCUAACAUGAAUCCAGAGGACAAGUCACAGGUUCACCGCAAAUGGGCCACCAACAAGAUCCAGGUGGUGGUAGCUACUGUGGCGUUUGGGAUGGGGAUCGACAAGCCUGACGUCAGAUUUGUCAUCCAUCACACCAUCAGCAAGUCCAUAGAGAACUACUAUCAGGAGAGCGGCCGAGCAGGUAGACAACUCUUUUCUCCCAUCUCAUAGAUUUGAUAAUUUAGGAAUAACACCUGAUCCCUUGACCUCAGAAAAGGAGGAAUACUAUUUCUACAUUAAAAAAAAAAAAAUUUCCUCUGAUUUGCCAAUUGUACUUUUACUUCGACUGUAGCCAUGCGAGUAGCCAGUUUGUUUUUAAACACUCUUAAAUAAUUUUUCUCCUACCUUUAUCAAUACCAUGGUCCUCUCUCCGUUCCUCCAGGCAGAGAUGAUAAGCCGGCUGACUGCAUUGUGUACUUUGGCUUCAACGACAUCUUCAGGAUCAGCACCAUGGUUGUCAUGGAGAAUGUAGGACAACAGAAGCUGCUGACCAUGGUCGACUACUGUCAGAACGUAGACAGGUACUGAGCUGGACCAAUCACAACGCUCUCAUUGACAUCACUAGAUUACUUAUGUGACAAUUUUAGUUGUGUAGAUAGCUGUGUGAGGAUCUCAAGGGUACAGUACGUGUGUAUCUCUAUUGUUUUAAGGUGUCGGCGCUCAGUGAUCGCUGUUCACUUUGAUGAGGUUUGGGAUGAUGAAGGAUGCAACGAGAUGUGUGAUGUCUGUCGCCAUGGCAAUGGUAUGUGUAUAAUAUGGUGAACAUACCACUUUUCAAAUCUAGCGUACAUGGCGUGCUAGGGGCAAAGGGGUAAAUUUGGAAUUGGGCAUAUGAGUUACUCUCCCAUCUAAUAGAAAGAUCUGGCAUAAUUUAUAUUGAGUCUUCAUACCAAGUAUACCUGUGUUUCCAUCCAGACUACAUCACGGUGGACAUCACGCAGCAUGCUAAAGAUGUGGUCCAGAUUGUGGAGCUGGCGGGCUCUCUGGACGAGAAGCUGACCCCCUUGAAGGUGACCGAGGCCUGGAUGGGGAAGGGUCCGGCCAAACGCAGGAAGAUGAUCCAGACCACCACCCUGUCUCGCCUGGAGGUGGAGGCCAUCAUCACAAGCCUACUGCUGCAGGGAUACCUUAGGUACUGACUGACUUAACGUUAAACCCUUUACCAGUUCAAUACGCUUACUGCUGCAGGGCUACCUCAGGUAGGCCUACGACCUAGGGCAUGUUCAGUGGGGCACACCAUCAUCAUUUCAGGCAGUACCUCCCUAAAGAACACAUCCUUGUCUUACAUCAGGUACUGACUAAGGACAAAUAGGGUUGUGAGGAGGUCACAAUGGACUUGUACUACUGCACAUCUGGUUGCUUUUAGAAUGUUCAUCUUUGUUUACCCCCUUUUUUUCUCUUCUCCACAGUGAAGACUUCAGUUUCACUCCAUACACCACCUACUUCUACCUGAAGCUGGGUCGUAAGGCCCCACUGUUGAAGAACCAGAGUCACUCCAUCACCAUGAAGAUGAGGAGGACAGGCCUGGACGCCAACACGGUCAGUACUAUACAGCAAUCGGUACAGGAAUCAUUCAAACAGGAAAGCCUUUGGGUGCAUCUCAAUAGGCUAAAGUGGCCUCCUUCAUCUGCACAUAAUCGAUAUGAUAAAUGACUACCCGGUAAUAGCUUUUUUUGUUGUAAUUUUUCUAGUCCGUGCAGACUAAGGAUAGGAAGCCACUUUUGUCUGAAAUACCUCAUCCAGGGAUGUCUUUUCUGCUUAUCACAUUUUAUUUGUCUAUUUCUCCUUCUGUACUUCUGACUGAAAUAUUUCAGUGUAAAUUAUUUCCCUGUUUAAAGUAGUACUUUACUCAACCUGUAUCUUUACUCCUUGUAUCUCUUUGCCCCGUCUUCUCUCUGACAUUUCAAUCUGUUUAUUUUGUCUUCUCUGUAUCUGCCCUGUGUACCUCUAUUGCUUACUUGUCUACUUACCUGCAGGUAAGUGAACUAUGUUGUCAGUUUCUUUUCCUUUCAGGCCAUUGGAAGAAGGAUCUAGAUUUUUUUUCUUCAGCAUUUUGAUUGUAUUAUUUAUUCAAUCACCAACAAAAUCAGAGCGUUUUCCCUUUUAUCUAUGUUAAUUAUUAUUUUAAAGAUUGAGUAGAAUCAUUCUUACCACCAUCACCCUUGAUUGUCAUAAGCAUGCUUACUGUAAACGAAACACUUUUCCCUAAUCACUGUAGUUCUAGUGCUGUAGGUUUUCUAAACAAUGUAGUGUUGCGUAAUACCAGACAGGCGCCGAUAUCAGGGCCCCAAGUGCAGUACAACAGCUGUAGUUUUGAGUGUUACUGAGAUCUAGGCCUACUUAUCUAAUCCAUGUUGAUAUUUGCUAAAGGUGACCAAGGUGCCGGUAGUGAUUGAUCACAAUCAAUCCUAACACCUUGAUAUGGGAAUGUUUCAUGUUUCUGGUUCUCCCAUGUCAAUCCUUAAACCUUCCUCUGCUUACGUUAUUACCCACACCUAGCUUAGGUGAGUGUUUGUGUGUGUGUGUGAGUGAGAGAGACAGACAGACAGGUUAAAGCUGUUGUUGAUGACCUACAGGUAAAUGUGACCCAGGUAAAGACCAAAGGAGGAAAGAGAUCUGGUGACAAUGCUGCAAACUCCCCUGUCACCAAGUCAAGAAAGACCUCUAGUGCCCCCCUGAAGAGACCAAAGAAAAAGUACAGUUCCCUGAUUCUCUAUUCAACCCACUGCAUCUAUGGCAUGGCACUGUCUGGGCAACCAUGUGUAUGUCAAUCAGGUUAAAGACAAAUAUGUAACGUUGGGUCCUGAAUGAUAUCCUUACAGAAUGCAUCAUUAUUAAUAAAAUAAUGAAAUAUGCAUGGUCAUAUUUCUGUAAACACUUAACCAUUGUUACAGCUUUCUUGGUUUGUGGCCUAACUCAGUCCUGUGUGUAUGUCCUAUCAAUGUCUACACACAUGGCUGUAGAUUCAUUAUGGAGCAUGCUUUCACUAACUCACGCUAUGCCACACUAACAUUGGGUUUCACUAACAUGGUUCUGUAAACAGCAUGCCCAAUCCCAAAUCAACCAUCUUCUUCGAUUUGGGAUUGGUUCUUCAGUAAAGUCAGGGGUCACUGACACUUCAUGUUGUCUCCCACAGGAGGACCAAUUAGCUGCUGGAGCUAAAGAGGUGGUGGUGACCUCCCAGUCCCCUCCUCCCGUUGCCCCCAACGACAGCAGCACUCCCCCUCCCAGACACAACAAACUGAUCAAGAUGGAUAAAGAGCAGCAGAAUCUGGCCGGGAAACAAGACAAGGACCAUGACCAGACAGAAAGACAGACAGGGGAGGACCAGAAUGACCCUGCUGCUGCCCAGCCCACUGCCAUUGAAGUAGACGUAGAGAUCAAUAUUAUAGAGAAAGUUAAUGACAGCGAAUCCCCACUACCGCCAUUAAAACUACAUUCAAAACCUAAAUCAACCACCCCUCAAAAGAAGCGGAGGAAACCCUGUACUGCUGCUCCUGCUGUGGUCCCAGCGCCCUCAAAAGGUGCAGUUACAGACUCUGACCACCAGAGGCCAGCAUUGGUCAACUCUCCCUCCCAGGUCUCUAUCAUCUCCGAGGCUGCAGUGGAGGAGCUCUGUGACCUGAGGAACUAUUACAGCAAACAGCUGAGGCGGAUAAACUACAUUUCCCAUGAGUACUUGCAGAAUCAGGGGUGCUGGCCUGUAUCAGAGAGCCACUAAAGAGCCUGCGCCUCCCCCGUGGCGCAAUCAUCGCCCGGACGGCACGCAACCUGUGGACCAGAGUCAGCUCCAGAAGGAAACUCAUCCAAAGAUGACCCCUUGACCUUCCCUGGGACAGUUGACAUUCAGAUGUGGACACUACUGUACUGUAUCUCUAUUUUUCACGUCCAAUGUUGCCAGACCUAGAGCCUUGGGGCAGACGCGUCUACUUUAUUUUUGUAACUUGAUGUUCUAUUUUUCUGAAAUGGCUUUGACUGAGAGAAUAUCCGCAUCCAAGUUAGUUUGAGAUUUUAAUAUUUUACGGUUGGAUCAAUACCACUGUUAGCCUAAGAUAAAGAAUGAAGAGCUGUUUUUGUUGACAUUUCAAUAUUUUACUUUGGAUAAAGUACCACACAUGAACUGAAGAAUGUUUUCACAAUGUAUUAUUUGUCACUGUUUAAAUGUUUUUUUUUGACAUUUAUAUAUUUUGGU